AUGGCUUCUUCUUCUCGUUCUCGUUUGAUGUUGCAAUUACAGAGUUCUCCGCGACUAAUGCUACGACUCUCACCCUUUCUCGCCAUUCCUUCUCCUUCUUCUUCUCUCUCUUUCUCCUCCAACUUCCGCGUGUCCUCUUCAGCUCAACCCACACUUCAACAGCCAUAUCCGCGAAGCUCAGAAAUUGUGGCAUUGGAAUAUGCUGACCUCAAUCUCUCUUACAACUUGGAUCUGGGUCACGUCAGGAUCAGGCAACAUGUUAAUCCUCUAAGCUCUUCUUUCUCUGUUCCUGCACAAGUACCAGACUGGAACCAGGUCUUUGCAGACCCAACGUUGCCACUCAUGGUGGACAUUGGAUGUGGCAGUGGCAGAUUUCUAAUGUGGCUGGCUAAAAGAACUCCUAAAGAGAGAAAUUUUUUGGGAUUGGAAAUAAGGCAAAGGAUAGUCAAGCGUGCUGAGAUAUGGGCAAAAGAUCUGGCUCUCAAUAACAUACAUUUCUUGUUUGCAAAUGCCACAAUUUCUUUCAAGCAGUUGGUAGAAUCAUAUCCAGGGCCCUUGGUCUUAGUUUCAAUUUUGUGUCCGGACCCACAUUUCAAGAAAAGACAUCAUAAAAGAAGAGUUCUCCAGAAGCCCUUAGUUGGUGCUAUAGUGGAUAAUUUAAUGCUCGGGGGACAGGUAUUUGUGCAGUCUGAUGUGCUUCAAGUGGCACUUGACAUGAGAAAUCAGUUUGAUGAAGUUGAAGCACUGAAACAUUUAGAUGUUUCCAACCCAGCUAUUUUGUGUGACAGUGAAGGCUGGUUGUUAAGUAACCCCAUGGGAAUAAGGACUGAGAGAGAGAUUCAUGCAGAACUCGAAGGUGCAAAAAUAUUUAGAAGAUUAAUUGCACAGGUAAUUGUCCAAGCAAUGUAUAAGGUAGGGAAGAUCAGGUAA